CACAUGCAGCGUGUACUGCAGGAUAACCAAAAACCGUUAAUUAUGGCAAAAUUAAGGCAUUAGAAAUUAAAUCAAGGGCAUGGAACUGUUCGGGAGAAUCUGCUGCAUCGAUAUCGUAUCAUUAAAAUGUAACAAUUGUGUACACAUCGAUUGCUGGGAUCUCGCUACGCGGUGGUUCCUGCGAUUGGAGUCCCGAAGGAAAGUCAAGUCAAGAAAUCCCAAUAACUGCAUUGAAUAUCUGCGAUCUACGGAGGCGAUCGGUCGCCGGUAUCUUCCGGUCCGAGGAUAGUCGCGUCCAACGCCGCCUUGUUAAAAAAUCGGAACUUUGCUCCCGACGGAUCCGGGUCGGGACGACGGAGACGGAGACGGGACGACGGGAUAGGCAGGGGGUGCCUAUCGAUAAGCACUUAUCUUCGGAACAAUCGAGGAGCACGUUCCUUGCGUUCGAAGGUCCGCUCCACGUGCUCGCUCUCGUACUCGCACUCGGGAUCCAGGCAGCAUGCCCGUGAUUUGUUCGUCCUUUUAUUAAGAGGAGGACCGAGAUGGCGCAGGAAAUCCCGGAGACGACGUAUGUACCGGAAGUAGCGAAGGACGCGAGAAAGGAGCGGGAAAGGCGGACCGUUCAAGACGGGACGGCGCUCUGGAAGCGGCGAAAGGAGGAGCUGGAACGUCGGAAGCACCGUGAACAGCGUGAACUCCAGCAAAUCUUGGAGAAUUAUUCGCCGUGGGGUAAGCCGGGGGGUGGCGCGCCAUGCGCGGCAACCCUUCGAAAGAAGAACGUUCCGCUGGAGCCGAUCGAGGCGAUAGAGUCCCUGGUUCGCCCGGAGUCUCUGGAGCAAGGGAGGUGUCGGAAUUUCGGCCAGCUGACGGCCCUCUGGCCUUGGGGUCGACCCGGUCCUGGCGGAGUUCCUUGGAGGGAUCCAAAAUUGCUGGGGGCGCGAUUCCUCGAGUCUUUGGGAUGGACGAGCGAUGCGACGAUCGAGAGGAUCCAUCGGAAGCAUAUUAAUCCCAUGGACGUCACGGAUACAAACAGGUUCUUCGAUGACAAAGGGACGAUGUCGGGUGUCGCCUCAGGUAUGCCGCCAGUGGAGGAACCGAUGCGCCGAUACAACGAUGAAGUUCAGGUGUACGAGUUGACCGGGGGCGUGGAAUUGGUGCCGCUUUUGACCAGCAGGCGUUAUUACUCGCAGCAGCCACAAAGCACUCGUUACGUCGCGACGGACGCUACGCGGCCUGGAUACACGAUAGAGCCGAGGAACGACGGAUGGAACAAGAGAGCUGUCGCAGGCACUUCGACACCUGGAGGAGGCUCUGGGGUCGGCCGGGUCAUGGCGCCCCCAUGGAUCAUGCCCAUCGUAACAAUCUAUACAACAUUCUCUACCGUCCGGUCAUCUAUUGAAUUUCCGUCUCGUACUUGCCACGGUGCUUACCACGCUGUUCCGCCCGCGGACCGGAAGCGAAGCCUUUGCUGCCACCUGGACGCGCCCUACCGCUCCCCACGAUCGCAGCGAAUUUACCGUACAGGGUGCUGCCUCGCGAUCGCGUCGACACCCGGAAAGGGGGGGAUUCGAAGAAACUUUUUCCCAAGCGAAACUCCAAUCCACGCGGCUUUCUUUACGAGUUAUGUUAUAGUUAUAUUACAGUUAUAUAGAAACGGCGAGACGAACGAGAGGUGAGACACGGCCGAGCUCUCCUCUCGUCGAUUACUCGUAAACAAAGACGCGGAUCGCAUUUGCGCCGAGGUAAAAAUUACUUGGAAUCACCUUGCGGGAGCCUCGCCCUGUAUAAGGACGCGGAAAACGAAUACGAUUUCGAGCAGGAUGGGACAGUGGCAGAGAAAAGGAGAGAAAGAGGGAAAGAGAGAGCUCGCCCUUUCGGACAGAUAAGAAACUUGGAAUAACGAAGCACGGCGAGCCGAGAACCAGCGUGAGAUGGAUUGUUACGAAAUCGUUCGAGUCGUUUCUCGAUGAAACGUCGAAAGGAACGAGAAGCCUGGAGAAGUUGCGCGGUUGGGAGCCGGAAGUGAUGUAACAGGUGAUGUAACUUCCGUAGAGGAAAGAUGAAAAUGGCGGAUCGUCGACGAUUCGAAACAGCUCGGGCUGUAUAAUUAAUCGACGGUUUUGCAUAAAAAGAGAGCGAGAGGGAAGAGGUAGCGCGUCGACGGCGAAGCGAGGCGAGGCGAGGCGAGGCGAGGCGAGGCGAGUUGCGAGUUGCGAGUUGCGAGUUGCGAGUGGAAGUUGAGAACGAGAACGAGUAUCGGGUUCGUAGGUGGAUACGACGCGACGAGCACUCGUUAAAAUAUUUUUCUUCUGCUCGAACCUAGUUUAAACGGCGCUUGAUAGUCUACCGAGUCGGUCGCGCUUCGAGUCCUCGUUGUAGCUACAGCUGUCGGAGCUGGCAAGUUCGCCUCGCGUAUCUUGGAAUCGCUUUCGAACCGUUUAUGGAAUAAUUAGGGGUGCCCGCGACCCGUAUCGCUCCCAAAGUGCUCCGCCUUCUCGCGGUCGAUUCAGCCAGCCUUUCAAUUCAGCGCCUCGAAAUUUCGCUCAACUUUCAGCCAUCGGCGGUCCAUCGAAUCAUCUUUUUUUCCAAGAUAUUUGCUCGAUGUUUCGAUCGAUUCGUUGACUCUCGAUUAGGCGCGUUGAACCGACCUCGCGACGGCGGAUUUUAUGCGUUCGCUGGACAAACGUUCCAAGCGAAUAAAUCAAAUCCCGAAGGUCGAGCGUCGCGUUCGCUUUUCGAAACUUUUUAAUCCUAUAUAUGUAUAUACAAUAUAGGUAUAUGUAUAGCCACCGAAUUACAUCGUUCGUACAGGGUACCGAUUUACCGGUUGGGCAUAACGCGGGCGUUUCGCGUGCCGCCAGAUUUUAUAACCGAGCAAAACAGAGCCACGGAACGAAAGCCGCGGAAUACGAUCGAACACGAUGUAAGCCAGAGGUUACAUUCGAGAGAAAAUCCGAGACGAUUCGGUCAGAGAAUCUCCAUAGGAAUCGGUCCACGAUUUCGAUCAAAGUCUGCCCGUCGACGUCGAUCGCGCCUGUAGUCGUAGCUCGGCUGGUCGCACACGGAAACGCGAAGCAGACUGAAACGUCACGUACCAUUUUUAUUUCUACGUAGUUCAAAACAACGCCUCCGCCGAGAGACAAUCGUAAAGCAAGCAAGAAUAGCAGUGGGGCGGCUCGGUCAUGACUGGAAUCGCGACGACGCGAUUCUUGCUCGAGGACAACGGGGGAACGGGAACGAGCGAUGUCUCUCUCUUUCUCGAGGGGGAGAAAGAGGCGGUGGAGGAGAAGAAUCGUGGCACGACCAAGUUCCGAGAAGCUACCGCGUUUAAUAAACGGAUCGCUUUGUCAUCGACGCGCGACGAUUCGAUCCGACAGGGAACAAUCGACAGAUUCGGAUCUAUUUUCUGCUAAUCUUAUCCUCGACGAUGAGAGUAGUCGGGUUAGAAAAUCAUAGUUCCGUGAUACGAGCUUCGUUCGGACGCGUACCUCUCGGCGAACCUAACGAUGGAACCAAGGGGGCAAUCUCUUUCUCGUGCCAUUGGCGACUAAUUAUUUAUUUAAUCGAUAAUCGUAAAUUCUACACUCGUUCACUAAUUUCUCACUCUCGACGAUGCUUCGCCGCUGUCUCGCGAUCAAAAGUCUUUUUCGCGUCUUACCUCGCAUAUAUUUAUUCCGAUCGCCCACGCACUCGUUCGCAUACGCACUCGUUCGCACACGGAUUCACGGUGAACGCAGCUUGCAUCGUCACCUCCCAGCACUCGCGCUCCAAGGUGUUGAUCCAUCCUAGAAGAGGACAAAACGGAGAGACACGCCGCGUCGGGGCCGAAGCGUUCGCGAUGUCGCGUGCCACGCCGAAGAGAGAGCGGGCACGCGUCCGAACGCUGCUGCUGCCUCCCUCCCGCGCGUGCCUACGAUUUGUUUUCGGCUCUAAUAUCCCCGAGAAAGGUUCUAUGGAAAUUGCUUUUAUCGAAAAUGGAAUUCCGUCGUUGCCGCGACGACCGAACGACCGCAGACUCGCGUGUCGCUGCCACGUAUACAUGGUACCGCGCGCGCCAAUUUUUCCGGUUUUUGCCGGACCGAACGCGACUCGUUGCAAACCUUUAUAUUUCUCGAUAUUUUUCUCUUUGCCGGCGCGGCGAAGCGAGCGAGCGGGCGAAACCGCGACCAAGCUCGGAUCGAAUUCGCGACUCGACGAGCUUUCGAUUUCCCUUCGAAAACGUUCGAAGGACUCGAAACGCUCCCGAACCUUUCUUCGGUUUGUACUUCCGCGAGUCGUUUUCCCGGUUCUUUGGCCGAUCCGAAAAUCGUCGUCGCGUCGCGCGUUUCGAACGCCAACGGAGCAUCGUCGGGGGCCGCUCGGAACCGGCGCAUUGGUACGUCCGAUUCGCGAGAGCAAAGUUGCGAAUUCAUUUUGUUAGAUUUGUAAUGCGACGAGCGAGAAAGCCGAUCCGUUUCCGAACGAUUCGGCGAGAUAUCGUCGUCGAUGCAAGCUACUUUAAAAGCGCACGUUUAAUUAUCUUUAAGGGUUAAGAAUAUCGUAGGAACACUCAAUAAAGAAAUUUCAUCUCGA